GAGAGCCAGAGAGCGGCAAUUUACGUCUCAGCUUCCGAGCAGGCAACAGUUUGAUCACUUCCUCCUCCAUCAGCCGGUAAUGGACCAGCGGAAGCAGCAACUUGCCUGCAGAGUUGCUCCACUGGGUCCACUGGUGCCUGUGAGACGAUGUAGUUGGAGGCUGUAAAAGUGGGCAAGUGAGUCUUUUGGAGCAACUUGAAAAGGAAAACCCACUUGGAUUUGUCACUGCAGGCGCAGGGGAUGUGGUGCCGUGAGGGGGCUUCGUCCUCCGGCUAAGCCCACCUUGGACGCCGGACUCCGGGCUCCCCCAUGCAGCCCCUCCGGCUGCUGUGGUCGCUAACAGCCGCGGGGCUCUGCCUGCUCCUCUUCGCUGUCCUCCACAAGCACGUCCUGCACCAAGGUCAUCUGUCGACCGGAACCUGUGAGAUCAUCACGAUGGACCGUGACAGCAGUCAGCCCAAAAGGACAAUUGCCCGGCAGACGGCACGCUGUGCCUGCAGGAAAGGACAGAUCGCUGGAACCACGCGAGCCAGGCCGGCCUGCGUGGAUGUGGACAUCAUCGUCACUCGUCAGUGGUGUCUCAUGAGUCCGUGUUUGGACAACGAGGGUUGCGACGUCCUCAUCAACCAGUCGGGCUGGACAUGUACGCAACCGGGGGGCCGAGUCAAGACCACCACGGUCUCCUGACAGCGGUGACACGAUGGAAUCUUCCCAUCACUCGUCAACCAUCGGUGGUCUAAGCGGUCUAUGAAGAUCAGUGUCAAGUUUUGUUUUGUUUUUUUCUGGACAAAGGUUGUUGUUUUUUUACACACCAAAGAGUCAACAAAGACAUAGACUCUGGAAGACAACAUGUCCAUGGGGACUUCUAAUAAUGUUGAAGGAUGCUCGAUUGCCGUAAAAAAAAUCGACCAACAUGACAUCCUGAACUUCUUCAUGAAAGAAGGUUUUCUUUUCGGUUCAGAUUGUAGGUAUCAGCUGAAGUUACUGAUAACUGUCAUGAUGAAUCUUCUCAUUAAAGUCAUUCAUCUCA